GGCCGGGCGGGGCGGCCGCGACCCUCCGAGCUCCCCCUCUCCCAGCGCGGCCUGGCCGGGCUCGCCGCUCCCCUCGGGCCUGGCGGGGUCACCUUCAUGGGCGGGCGGUAGCGCGGGGCCCGGCGGUGCCCGGUGAAGCAGGGGCCGGAGGCGGCGGAGCCCGGGACGAUGUUCGUGCAGGAGGAGAAGAUCUUCGCGGGGAAGGUGCUGAGGCUCCAUGUGUGCACCAUGGAGGGCGCCGAGUGGCUGGAGGAGGUUCCCGAGGACACCACGGUGGAGAAGCUGAAGGAGCGGUGCCUGAAGCACUGUGUACCUGGGAGCUUGGAGGAUCCAAAAACUGUGACACACCAUAAGUUGAUACAUGCUACUUCUGAGAAGGUGCUGACAGACACAAAAACAGUGUUGGAGGAAAACAUCCAGGACAGAGAUGUCUUGCUUUUAAUAAAGAAGCGUGCACCACCUCCCCUCCCCAAAAUGGCAGAUGUGUCAGCAGAGGAGAAGAGGAAACAAGAGCAGAAGGCUCCCGAUAAGGAUGCCAUUCUCAAAGCAACUGCAAAUCUGCCCUCUCGCAAUGUAGAUCGCACCGUGGCCCAUCACAACAUGAGGGACUUUCCUUUCUUGCAGUUCCAGACAGAGCUCCGGAAGAUCUUAGUGUCUCUGAUAGAAGUCGCACAGAAAUUGCUGGCGCUGAACCCAGAUGCAGUUGAACUAUUUAAGAAGGCAAAUGCCAUGCUGGAUGAGGAUGAGGAAGACAGAGUGGAUGAGAUAGCUCUGCGACAGCUCACAGAAAUGGGGUUUCCAGAAAGCAGAGCUGUCAAAGCCCUUCGAUUAAAUCAUAUGUCGGUGACACAGGCCAUGGAGUGGCUGAUAGAACACGCAGAUGACCCCGCUGUGGAUGCUCCGCUGCCAGGCCAGGCUCCCUCAGAAGCCGCAGCCGAAGCUGGUGCAGCCUCCGCUGAAGCGACUGCGGGGCCCAGUUCAGAAGCGGGUGAGGAGGAGGCCAAGGAUGAGCUGACAGAAAUAUUCAAGAAGAUCCGGAGGAAAAGAGAGUUUCGUCCAGACCCACGAGCUGUCAUUGCCCUGAUGGAGAUGGGGUUUGAUGAAAAAGAAGUGGUGGAUGCACUCAGAGUAAACAACAACCAGCAAAAUGCGGCCUGUGAAUGGCUGCUGGGAGACAGAAAACCUUCUCCAGAGGACCUGGAUAAAGGCAUCGACACCAACAGCCCUCUCUUCCAAGCCAUCUUAGAAAACCCAGUGGUACAGUUAGGGCUGACCAACCCAAAAACUCUACUAGCCUUUGAGGACAUGCUUGAAAACCCCUUGAACAGCACUCAGUGGAUGAACGAUCCCGAAACGGGGCCCGUCAUGCUACAGAUCUCGCGAAUCUUCCAGACGCUGAACCGCACGUAGAGGGGAGCGCCGGUCACGGUGCCGCUUCCGACUGUCCCCCUGCCACCCCCUCCUCACCGGGAGGGCGCACGGGCCGUUUGGGGAGGGGGCAGGUCCUGCCCGAGGGGGCCACUGGCACCAGAGCUUAUGUAGUUACGGCCAACUGAAGUUCAUUGCCUUGUGGAUUUAGUGUUAGUGGAAGAGGUUUGAAGACUCGUUUAUGUUUUCAGGUGUUAGGUUUAAAAUAAAGUAUAUUAAAAAAAAAUAGGAAAAGGUUUUGUGAAAACAGGAAUCUGAUUGUUGGGAAGAAAUAUGACAAUGCUUGUUCAAAAAGCCUGUGACGGUGGUUUUCUAGCCAGAUUUGCUAGUGUCUGGCUGGUGUUUACAAAAGGUCGCUGACCACUAGCAUAGGAUAUUAAUCAUCUCCAUACAGUAUUAAUUUAUGACUAUAUCAAACUAUAAUUUUUUUAAAAAUGAAUUCUUAGGAAAUGGUUUUUUUAAAGUCCAAAUAUUGGGAGAGCAAACACAUUUCUAUCCAAACUUGUUUAUCUUGCGUUAUAAUUUAAAGAGAAUGAUUCAGAGAUGGAAGUCUUUUAAUAAAUAGCAUCACUUUUUCCUAUUUCUUCUCCGCGUUAGUGUCGUUGCAGUCCCGCAGCGGUUGUGCUUGCAGGAGAUGCUCUGUCGCCGCGUUAAAGAUGCGGCGUCUCUGUCUCGACAGGACUUGGAUUGUCAAGUAGGCUGCAGUUCAUACUCCGCCGUAUCCUCGCACAAGGAGGGAUAUAUUCACAUAGUGUUUUUUUUCCAUUUUCAUGUGCACGGUUUUGGAAAGGGAGACCCGUGGAGUUUGACUUUGUUUCAAACUGUUUACAAAAAAGCAACUCCUUUGCAUGGAUUUUUCAUUGGUGGUCUGUAAAGAAGCAGAACCGCUUCGGUUUUUAUCUUGUUUGACAUAUUUAAAAGCACGCUUGAAAUUAUUAUCUUAUUUGAGGUAGAAGUGGGUUUUUUAACACUUAUUUUUACCUUGGAAAUACCCAGGAUGUCAGGUUGCGUCUUUCCUAUUUUGUCAGAAGACUGACUUGAGAUUUCAGACAGGAGUUGGGAGCUUUUAGGAGCAGAACUCGCUCUGAAUAUCCAGCUGUUUUUUAUGGCUCUGCAGAUGUUACUUUUUAAAGUUGGAAUGAAAAUGAUUUUGAUUUUCAAAUGAAUGAAAUAGGAUUGACAUCUGUCACGAUCCCUGCCAUGGCUGCUGUGUUUUGGAAGGGCGGGUUGGGCAAGAUCUGUCUCUCCAAAAUGCAGAGUAACCAGCUGGAGACCCUGUCCCUAAAUAGCACGAAGGUUUGUGUCACGUAUGGACCCUGAGUAGCUCCGUGAGUCACCUCUAAGUGUGGGAUUUUUGUGUGUGCGGUUGGCUUUUUAAACAAAAAUACAACAAGAUGCAACCCGAAACCCUACGACAAGUUUUGGCCUGAACUUGGCAUCCAACCUGGGCUGUUGUGCAGUCAAAGCACUGAAGUUGCCAAUUUCACAUAAUUAACGUGAAGGGCGGGGAAAUCAAAUCAGCAUGAGAUUUUAUCUUGACUUACUAUCCCAGGAUUUGGGUUUUUUGUUACCUGUAAUUUUACAUUAAGCUUCACACUUCAUGACUGCUGGAAUAUUUACUUCCAUGUUUAGAAACGCCAGGCUUCAGAGAGAUGCUGCCUCUGAGUGUAACAGGCAGGAACCUGAUCCUGCAGCCCAGCGAGUUCAGCACGACCGCUCAUGAGCAGCUGUGACUGAAUGUUGUGGUGCUCUGAAAGGUUUUGGUUAUUUUGUCCUUAUUUUUUCUUACUCCCUGAAGCUUUUUGCCACUAAUACUACCAGAAGAUGCUACUACUUGAAGCUCUUAAUGUUAGAGGCACAUGUCCCUCUCUAGCCAACCAGGAUUCCUGUGAAUGUUCCUUUUAAUGAGGGUUUUUUAGAAGACAAAGCCGGGAAAAACUCACCUCUAGUUUCGUGGGGAUUUUUUGGCUUCUGAAUUAAUCAGGAUCCGUUCAGACUUAGCAAAUAGAUUCUUUGGUUGCAGUCUUGGUCUUAGAAGAACGUGGCGGCUCGUUGAAAUGCUUCUGUUGAGUUCAGUAAUGCUUUUGUGAGGAAGAACUACUCGUACAAGUGUGGAUUUUCAGGUUCCAGUCCUGCGCUGUUGAGGUUAUAACUAGCAAAGACGUGUCAUAUUUAGGUGUCUUAUAACAUGGUCAAGGGAAUAUUUGGCAAUCUGGGAAAUCAAGAAGUAAAUGGGGCUCUGGGUGGCUCAUAGGGCGCAGUGACUGUUUCUUGCAGUUCCAGCUCUUUGCCCCAUCGGUUGAUACAAUCUUCUGCCUUUUGAUGUUACGUGACUCUUGAAAGCUGACUAGUUAUUUAUUUAAAUGUAUGUAACUUAUAAUUUUGUCACCAAAACACUGAUAUUUUAAACAGAAAUGUACUAUAUGGAUGUUUGUUCUCAGGGCUUCAUAUUUAUGCUCUCCAGAUAGGGGGAUGCAGCUAAAGGGUUUGUAUUUGGAAAAAAGAAGUGCCAGUGGCCGCUUUACACCUUGGACCUUGAUUGUCCUGACCCGAGAGCCUGAGCUUGCGGAGCCGUCCUGAGAAACCCCUGGUGUCUGGUCCCCCUGCUGCCCCGUCUCUCCUUGUGAGCAGUGCUGAGUCUUCCUCCAAGGCCGCUUUGUCCCUCCGGACACGGUCACAGCAGAUUACCCAGCUGCUGCAGAGUUUGCUGAUCUUUACACCGUUUCAGGGACGAUUCCGUCCUCCGUGCAGCUGGAAAAUGAACGUGCGCGGUUCCCAAAGCAGCAGCAGCGCGCUCCUGCUCUGGGGAUGGUGCGAGAUUUGCUCUGCAAGAGCCCCAAAACUCCGGCUCGUUCCCGCUGUUGGCUGCUCGCAGCCACUGUCACGGACCUGCCCCAGAAACUUGGCUUCUGGAGAUUUGUCUUCAUAUCCAAGAAACAUUCAAGUGGUUAUUUAAAUCCUUUUUAGUUGGGACUGUUACAAUUUAUUUCUUUUUGUUUUAGGUAUUGUGCUUCAUGGGCUGAGGAUGUUUUAAUGUAUUUUGGAAGUUGUUUAAAUAAGCAUUGCAGCAAACGAAUGUAUCGGAACGCUGUCAGCAGAUGUUCCCUGUGGAAGAGACGGAGGUUACCGGUGGUCUCUGCUUCAGUGGCGAUUUUACGAAAGCAGCGUACCCAGGAUAGCGAGUGUUUUGAAAAGUAAAUACCCCACAUUUCUACUUUUAAUAAAUAGCAUUUUUAUCAGCUAGCAGCAUAGCAGCACUUGCAGCUGCGUGUUUCCAUCCCAUCGUAGGUCCUUGUGCUUUGAGACAUCAGCAAACCACUGGCUGUGUCCUCCUCCCUGGGCUCAUUGUUCUCCUGUGGGGUCGUGGUGCUGUGGGACGGGGGUGACAGGGGUCGUGGUGCUCUGGGACGGGGUGACCGUCCCCACCUGCCCGCAGAGGACACAGCAAGCGAGCGGGUGUCUGUAUCUGUCUGUGAACGUGCUCUCAUGGUGGUUGUUCUCACCCGCAUCUGACACGUAGGUUUAACAAAAGGGGUUUUUAAGGACACCUCGCCCUAGGUUUGAAGAUCUUCAACACAGACCCUGUUUGCGGCAUGUGGACGUCAAUAAAUGUAAAUGCAUCUAAUUCUUACUGAAUUUGGGUAUAGUUUUGUAUUAUGCUCUGGGGAGAGGGAAGAAUUUGGGUCGUAUUUCAACUAAGCCCCACAAAACAAAGUGUCUUUGUUGCAGCAGGUAACAGAGGCUUGUAGAGAUUUUUAAUUUGCAUAUUUUUUAUCAUCAUUUAAUGAACUGUACAAGAAUGUGAUUUGCCUAUCCAGCACUUAGCACGGGGCAGCACUGGUAAAAUGACAUUGCAAGGUACUGAGCGAACACUUUUCAUUUCACCUGUGUGUUAAAUAAUUAGGCCCAGCGUAUGAUGAUUUUGACGUGACACUGGCGUGUGGCAUGCACAGCUGUUCCUCAGAUGUAACAUUAACUUCAUGAAGCUUAACUAGGGUGGACGUCACGGAGCCUGUGGAAUUCAGGGUUCAUUCUGGACACGAGUGGGUCCCCGACCUCUCCCUGAGUGGGAAAACCCGCAGGUUUUGUCCCCGAGGCAAAAACAAGCAAUCAAAACCCAAACAGGAAAUGCUACUAAUUUGUUACCCUUUUAAGCGGUUGCUGUUGUCUCCUGAAGGGUAUUCUUGAGGUUUUAGGCAAAGCCAUCUGUUCAGACUGAAAUCAUUAUGUGCCUGUAGCGUGUGGAGAAGUCAGACCCAGGAAUGAGACCAGAAUGAACGCUGAGCUCCAAACCUGCUCGCACACACAAGACACUGAUGUUACGUGUGUUGUAAAUUUAUAAUAUAUCUCAAAAAUAAAGUUUUUUGAUUUAUUACAA